UUCUGCACUGUUGGAUACCACUAUAAAAUGGUGGACCCCCAAAUAAUACAAGUAUCAUUAUUUGUUCUUUAUUUUAAUAUUGACUGACGAAGUAAUUUCCAAAGUUCAACCAUGUUACCGAAAUUAUGGAAUACAAGUAAAUGAAUCAUUUAAAAAGUGAAUAAUUACAACAUCCUUAAUGUCCUAAUGUCAUCAGCAUAUAGACGCUAUUAACCACAUUUUGCGUAUUUGCGAAUUCUAUGCUAAAACUCUUAAAUGCUAAAAAUCCAUUUACUCAUUAAAAUCAGUGGCCGCAAAAAAACCUUCUAAAAUAAUGAUAUAUAGUUCCUGAGACGGGUUAACACAUUUUCGAAUGGUUAAAUUCAAGUCUUCCUGGAUUCACUUGAAAAAUGAUAAAAAAAAAAAAAAAUAGAGUUCAAUUUUAAUGGUUAAGCUCCUCCACAGAUGGUUUGAUUUGACGUUAUUACUUAUUGUGUUUUUGAAACAGUGCCACCCUGUGGACGGUAUCGGACUGACAGUAUCAUUGUUUUUUUCUUGGUUUAACAUGCAUUGUGUACAGAUUUUUUUAGUUUUUGUGGUUUUUGUUCAGGUGGGUGAUUUAUGGAUUUGUUAACUGCAGAUGAUUAAUUGUCCCAUUCUGUCUACUGUAUUUAACCUAUGCUUAGGUCUGAAUUUUGUAUUAUAACCUACUCCUUUACACAUGUCAUCCUGAUGUCCUAACAUUUAGUGCCUGGUGCCCUGUUAUGCUUUCAGAGGGAGACACAUCAUCAGGGGUGGCAGUGAAGGGAGAGGUGAAGCACACCAUGUGACUCCUGGGUAUCAGGGGAGAUUAGUGGAUAGGUAGGCGCAUGUCUGUAACUGUCUGGGUAGACUGCUGUCUCUCGGUCAUCUCGGACCGUCCUGAUUUGAACCAUCAUCUCCCCGACCCAGUGAUGAGGUUGCCUUUAUAAUAUUUAAUCAGCUGUUUUUGGACCUGCAAUGCCACUGCUGCCACAGUCAGUGGAGGCAGAGCGCUUUGACGGACUAUCCCUGCUUUACUGGUGCUUGUGAUCUUGCUUGGCUGUGUUGAGUCAUCUGGAAGUGAAAUAUUUUUGGAAUAAGAGAAUGACUGUCUGCAAGAAGUUCAUAUCGAGGGUUUAAUUGGUUGGAUGGAUUCGAGAUGGACACACAGCAUGGCUCCAGUGUGCUCCUCACCGUGUACCCUAAUGUGGCUUGUGGAAUGACCAUCAUGGGACCCCAUGGCAUCAACCGUGCUGUGCAGAGACUGGAGUUUUCCGACUGCAGAAAAGGACUUGGGGUGAAGAUCAUUGGAGGGUACAGAGAGCUGAGUGGUGAAGAGUUUGGAAUAUUCAUUAAACGGGUCUUACCUGGUGGCGUGGCUGCACAGGAUGGACGACUUCGAGCUGGUGACCUCAUUUUAGAUGUCAACAACAUGAAUUUAGGGGGUGUCACAAAUGAAAGGGCGGUGGAGAUUCUGCGCAUGGCAUCGGCCACAAACCACAUGUCUCUUCUGAUUGCUCGGGAUGAGGAGUCCAGGAGAGAGUUUGCUGAACUCAUGGAGAAAUAUGGAUCCAACAGCAAUACAACCUCAGGCACUGGCAGGACAUCUCCUACUCCUGUCUCCACAGGUAAGCUGACUGACACUGCUUCAUCAUCCUCAUCCUCGAGAUCGACAAGCCCUCAAGUCUUAAGCCCUAAAGACUGCAGCACAGCCUCAAUAGCUCCACAGGUUUGCAGUGACUGCAUGAUUCAGUUGAUAUGCGUUGCCAAGGGAACAGGUUUAGGUCUGGUCAUCAAGGGUGGAGCAAACCGUGCAGAGGGGCCAAUGGUGUUUAUUCAGGAAAUAGUGCCUGGAGGAGACUGCCAAAGGGAUGGAAGACUAAAGGUAGGAGAUCAACUCAUAUCUAUCAAUAAAGAGUCUUUUAUUGGAGUAACACAUGAGGAGGCCAAAAGCAUAAUAACCCGAACAAAGCUCAGACCUGACCCCACAGUGGAGAUAGCAUUUAUCAGACGGCGGUCCUCCUCUGGCUCCAGCAGUGGCCCCCACAGCCCUAUCUCUCUGCAGCCCCAAUGUAGCACAGCCCCCCAGCUCAGACCCCUUGGCCUGGGGGGAGUACCUUUGCCUGUGGGGAUUGUUCCCAAGAUAUCUCCUAUCCCCAGUUCUGGUUGUGAGACACUACCUUCUGUCAAACUGACUCAAGUAAGAACAGUACCAGUGAAGCCAGAACUCCCUUCUCUGACUACCCCUGAGAGUGCCUGCACCACAGUGGACAAUUCUGACGCCGCUGCUGCCUGUAAGCCCAGCACCACUCCCACAGCUGCACAGUCGAGGCCACCGUCACUUAGCUCUAGCUGUCGAGUCAAACUGGAGAGGCUAGAGCAGGCUUUGGAGGUGCUGGGGCUGAAACCAACUGAGUCCCAGCUCCAGACCUUGAGAGAGAGGCUCCGCGUGGACCCUGGUGGGACGGUGGCCUAUGGAGAUUUUGAGACCUUGACAAAAGAGCUCUUCAAGUUGACUGAUGAGUCAAAGCUUGGCCAGGAAGUAGCCAGAUUCACGUCUGAUGACCUCACUGACUCUUCAUCAAACCCUCUGGCAUCAACAUCUGAUUCUGAAGACCUUGAUGAGAUGGAGAGAUUAAGAAAAGAUCACAUUGAAGCCUUAAGAGAGAUAAAGAGACUGCAGGAUAAGCUGGCUGAGUCUGAAAGCCUUUGUCAUCAAAUGCAGCAAGAGCUGACUAAAGUCAAACAGGAAGCAAAAGCUGCGGUGGAUGAGAGCAGAGCUCUGCAGGCGCAGAUCCACCUGGCUGAGGCUGCUCAGAAGCAGGCGCGGGGAAUGGAGAUGGACUACGAAGAAGUCAUCCACCUUUUGGAGGAAGAAAUAGCAGAGAUGAAAUCUCAGAGAAAUGAAAAGCCCAAGGAGGAGCAAGAAAUGAAGAAGAGGAUUGCGUUGCUUGAGUGUCAGUUACGAAAGAGUGAAGCUGCAAGGAAAGGCUUUGAGGUUUCUACUGGCAAACUUAUGCGCUUUGUUGAGGUCAUCCAAGACUUCCUAAUUGAGCACCAAGGAUCUUUACGGACUCAUAGUUCUCAGAGUGAGCCAAAGCUUGCUGCUCUGUCUCAAGCUCUGGCUUCACGAGGUGGGAAGAAAAUGUCCAGGACGGCCUCAACACUUGCCUUGGAAGCCAAAGAGCUCACUCGCACUGUUAGAGCCAUUUUGGAAGUGGACUGUUUACCCUAUGGCUGGGAUGAAGCUUAUACUGCAGAUGGUGUCAAAUACUACAUCAAUCAUGUCACUCAGACGACAUCGUGGACUCACCCUGUGAUGAACUCUUUGGGUCUUUCGGAACCAGAAGCAAACGAUCAGACCCAGAACACUCCAGAGGCAAAGGGCUAAAUCACACAUUACAGAAUUGACUUUGCCUGCUCACUUUUCCGUGAAGAUCGUGUGUUUUAGAUACUAAACAAGUGCACUGAAUACAACUGAAAUCAACUUCACAGGUAGUAUAAUUUCAGCGCUGGUUAAUACUUCAUGCUCAGCAGGCCUCUCUGACAGGUAUUUGACAGGGCUUGUUUUUCAGUGUGGAUAACCUUGAGGUAUAAUCACUAUUACUUGAUAUCUAAAAGUGACUAGCAUUAUUAGCAGCCUCAUUCAUAAAUUGCCAAAACAGCAGCAUGGUCAUCCUAGGGCUUCCUCUGAUCCAUCCAGACCAAACCGUGGUGAAUAUAUGAAAAUGAUCAGUAGGUGUGUCAGGUCUUGUCGCCUUAGGCAGACAACAGGUGUUGUUCAAAAUCUCUGUUUUCGCAGUUUAAAAAACUGACGUACGACAUGUAGCAGUUCCUAUUAGAUACUUUUUUGCUAAAUUGCUGAUUUUAUAUCUGCUGAACAUAUACAACCUUCAGCCAUAACAUUAAAACCACCUCCUUGUUUCUACACUCAUUGCCAAUUUUGUUCUUAGCUGUGUCCAUUCAUUGUCCACUCCAUUAAAUUCUCCUAUCUUGUUGGUUCACCUUGUAAAUGUAAAGCCAAAAACAGUAGCUCUUCUGUUGCUGCACAGUUUGUGUUAGUUAGCUUCUAGUCCUUCAUCAGUGGUCACAGAACUCUUCCCACAGGACACUGUUGGCUGGAUAUGUUU